UGCCUCAACAAAAACCAACACCACUUUUAAAGGGUACCCCAGAAAGAGCCACCCCUUAUUUCUCUCAUCCUUUUUGUGCUCUCGAUCAUCCCUUCCCUUCCUUCCCUUCCCUUCCCUUCCCUUCUUCUUCAUUCAAUAGUUUCUCAAGAUUUUCUUUCUGGGUUUUUGUUUGUGGGUUGAAGUUUGAUGUCUACACCACUUGAACAUGACUAUAUAGGCUUGUCAGAGGCUUCUCCAAUGGAAAGAAGCUCUGAUAAGAUCUCAUCCUCAUCUUCUUCCUCUGUUGUCUCCACUGAGGAUGAGAAGAACAAUAUUCUCAACUUCAAAGAGACUGAGCUGAGACUUGGCUUGCCUGGUUCAAAGUCUCCUGAGAGAAAGGCUGGACUUGCAGUUGUUGGGGUUUCUCUUUUUGGGAAGGAUUUGGAGGAUAAGGCUAAUAAUGGGUAUUCACUCAGCCCUAUGAAGAACUUUGUUUCUGGAGCUAAAAGGGGGUUUUCUGAUGCCAUUGAUGGUUCUGGGAAAUGGGUUUUUACCGUGAAUGGUGGAUCUGAGGUUGAUUUGGGGAAAAGUGUUUCCCCUUUGUUCUCUCCUAGGGUUGGGAAGAAUGUUUUGGAGAGUAACAAUACAGAGCAAUCUUCCUUGCCUGGGACUAGUAUGAAAGAAGUUGUUGUUGUUCCUUCUCAGAAGCCUGUUCAAGAUAAGAAGGCUCAGGUUUCUCCUUCAAAUCAGCAUGGUAGUAGUGCUCCUGCUGCCAAGGCACAGGUGGUAGGUUGGCCACCAAUUCGAUCUUUUCGGAAGAAUACGAUGGCCACAAAUUCUACAAAGAACAAUGAUGAUGAGGGGAAGGUGGGAUCCGGGUGCCUCUAUGUUAAGGUUAGCAUGGAUGGUGCUCCAUACCUAAGGAAGGUUGAUCUGAAAACCUACUCCAACUAUACUGAACUUUCAUCUGCUCUGGAGAAGAUGUUCAGCGGCUUUACAAUUGGUCAGUGCAGUUCCCAAGGACUUCCGGGGCGAGAUGGGCUUAGUGAAAGUCACUUAAAGGAUCUCCUCCACAGCUCUGAGUACGUGCUUACAUAUGAAGACAAGGACGGUGAUUGGAUGCUUGUUGGUGAUGUUCCAUGGGAGAUGUUCACCGAUUCAUGUAGGAGAAUGAGGAUCAUGAAAGGCUCAGAGGCAAUUGGGCUAGCUCCAAGGGCCAUGGAGAAGUGCAAGAACCGUAACUAAGCGCCAGUAGGACCGAGAAAGAGAUCCUGGAAAACCGAAGGUUUUUAUCUGCUCCGGAAUCUCAUAUGUUUUUGUAUGUUUUUAGGGUUGUAGUAAUUCUUGUAUCGGAAAUACAUCCUAGCUAGCUAGGUUAUCAGGCAGAAAUAUAACUGGAGACAACGUUCCAGAUGUUUGUUCGCUUUGUCUAUUGUUCUCUCCGAUCUGUAUUUCUCUACUAAAAAAAAUUGCUAUGUAAAUGGAGUGAUGCUAUUUUCAGAUAUUGAUCUUUCUCCUCCA